AUGACCGUGAUCCCAAGGGGCGUUUUUGCCGGUGGGAAUCACGGCGAUGCUGCACUGAUUGCAGUGGCGACACUGCUCAUGUUGGCGCUGAUGACGAUGACGAUGCUGGCCUGGACGUCCUGCCUCGUAAUAGACGGCGAGCUGCUGCGCAGCCUGCCUCUGAAUGUCGAAGGGCAAGACACAGAUUUUGGAGUGCCCGGGACGCAGAAGUCUCUCCAGGAGUACCACAGCAUCUACGCCAACUCGAAAGCUUUCCGGGAAGAGAUUCCCAUGGAAGAGCUUGAGCGCAUUGGCAUCCUCGGCGAGGGCGGCUUCGGUGCUGUGUUCCUCUGCCAGCGAAAGAACGUCCCAGACAGAGAGUAUGCGCUGAAGCGGCUCUCGAAGGGAUAUAUCGUGCAGGCCAAUGCAGAGAAACAAGUCUGCGCCGAGCGAGACAUCCUCUCAAUGAUGGACAGCGAUUUCAUCAUCCGAUUCUUCGGCUCGUACAAGGACGAAGAGUAUGUGUACAUGCUGUUGGAGUUGGCACCCGGUGGCCACUUGUAUCAGCUCCUGUGUGACAAGCCGCAGGUGCUGCUUGCAGAUCGGCCACGAGGUUACGCUGCGAUGUUCUACUGUGCCUGUGCCAUCCUCGCUCUAGAGUACCUGCACGAGCGCCGGAUUGCCUACAGGGACCUGAAGCUGGAGAAUGUCUUGCUCGACAAGCGGGGCUAUGCCAAGCUUUGCGACCUCGGCUUCGCCCGCUUUGUCUUAGGGAAGACACAUACGCUGCUUGGCACACCCGAGUACAUGGCACCGGAGAUGAUCGAUCCGCCGCACGCCCACAAUCACAUGGUCGACUGGUGGGCCCUCGGGGUUCUGACUUUCGAGAUGCUUAGCGGACAGGCGCCAUGGGAUAGCAUGGGCAUUGAUGACAAUCCCAUGGGGCAGCUUUUGGCUUUGCGUGAAAGCUAUAACCAAGGACUGCCAGAUGGCUUCCUGCCCGCUUCGCUGAUCCUCGCAAGGGAUUUCAUCAAGAGGCUCCUGAUGGUCAACCCGCAAAAGCGGCUUGGACAGAGAGGGGCGGAAGAGGUGAAGUCGAGCGGAUGGUUCAAGUCCGGCGGAUUCACUUUCAAGGCCCUCAUCGCCCAAGAAGCACAGCCUCCAUACCAGCCGCCGCCAGCGACCUACUCCGAGGCGCCGAUGCCCAAGCCUGCGCAGGCAUCGCGCGAGAGUAUGUCGGAGGCCCGAAAUAAACUGUUCGUGAAGAGCCACACAGUGGACGACUGGGCUCGUGAUUUUUGA